AUGUCAGAGUUGAAGCUAAGCGAAUGUCCAGUUUUCCUUCUCUGCGUAUUUGUCUUGGCAAUUCUAUCCCUCUUUUGGGCUGUUCAAUUCAGUGUCGAAAAGAAAAUGUCCGCAUUGACAGUGUGGGUUGUCGAUUUUGACGGCCAAGUCGACCCAUACCGCUUAGCCGACCCCCUAGUCGGUCCUAUAGUUGCGAACACGACUCUUGACAUCAUUGAAUCCCGUGAUGUUGGUUUAGGUUACCAGAUCAAGUCUCCUGCAGACUUUCAAAACGACCCUGUGGCAGUGCGCCAAGCUGUCUAUGACGAGCAUGCGUAUGCGGCCAUCAUUAUCAACUCCAAUGCCACUGCACUUCUGAAUGCAGCUCUUUCUCAGGGAAACACCUCAUAUGAUCCCAGCGGAGCAGUCUUGGUUGUUACCCUGUCCGCUCGUGAUCCAACGACCUAUUCCAAUUACAUUAUGCCCGCGAUCCACCAAUUCGAACGUGCUGUUCUCUCUAACUUCGGUUCCACUUGGGUCAAAGCUGCCGCCAACAACAGCUUCGCUACACUCUCUAGAGUCCCUCAGGCACUGAACCCAGGCAUUGGAUUCACAACAUUGGACUUGAGACCAUUUGGACCCGCCGUGGCCACGCCUGCCAUUACAAUCGGACUGAUAUACCUGAUCAUCAUUGCAUUCUUCACCUUCCCCUUCCUCAUGCCAAUCCACUUGCAAUAUUUCGGAGGCAACCUAUCCACCUUGAAGAUGUCCCACUGGAUCAUGUGGCGUGUUUUAUCCAACAUUGGGGCAUAUUUCUUCCUGUCAUUUUUCUACUCGCUUGUAUCUUUGGCAUUCCAAAUUCCCUUAUCGAACCCUUCAGUUCCUGGAAUUUUCCCUGCGAGGAACGCCAACGGAUAUGGAUCUAGCUCAUUUGUGGUGUAUUGGGCGUUAAACUGGGUUGGCAUGUCUGCUCUUGGGUUCCCAUGUGAAAAUAUGGCCAUGGUGCUUGGAUUUCCAUGGAGUUCACUUUUCCUUAUCUUUUGGGUAAUCACCAAUGUUGCAACUGGAUUCUACUCUUUGGACCUUGCUCCAGGGUUUUUCCGGUGGGGAUAUGCUUGGCCUCUUCACAGGAUUGUCGAAGCUUCUCGUACAAUUCUCUUCGAUACACACUCACGUAUCGGCCUCGACUUUGGGGUCCUCUUCGUUUGGAUUGCUGUCUCUCUCGCUUUCUUCCCUAUUGCCAAUCGGAUCAUGCAUUGGAGAAUCAUAAAAUUUGGCAAGUAA